UGAGUGUACUAUUAUUCAUUUCUUCUUUUUACUCAAAAGUCUAAAGGUGAAGUCUUUUAGAUUCCAUUAUACUUUUAUGUUUUGUCUAUAUACAUAAUCUAGUUAUUGUCUUGGUCCAUCAAUCAGUAGAAAGAAAAGAAGAUGAGUGGAGAAAAAAAAAACGAUGAAGGAGGGUGGGGUUCAACGUUUUUGAAAAUAGCGGGUGCAGCCACCGCAGCAGCAGCCGUAGUUGGUGGCUUAUACAGUGUCCUAAACCAACCCCAAGCUGAAGUGGCGCCAUAUGGAAUGCGUCAACCUGAUCACGAUGUUGUGAUACUGAAAGUGGACGGUUCGCUUCUGCCCGGAAAAGCAGGCUGUGGUGGAUAUCUAAGCAGCGCAUCACAGAAAUGGAUAUGCGGUUUCUCUCAGAAGUUGGAUCCAAGUUUAAGAGAAGAUGAAACUGAGAGACACGCAAUUCUGAAAGGUUUGAAUUGGGUUAGGGAAAUGGGAAAGAGGAAAGUUGAGGUGAAAUCGGAUAAUUUUGGGGUUGUGGAUUUGGUGAAUUCUGGACGUAGAUCUAAUGAUCCUGUUAUAGGUGGAAUAAGGAAACUUGUUGGUAGUAAUGAUUGGGAAGCCAAGUUGAGUUGGAUCCCUGGUGGUCAAAACUCAGUUGCUGACAGACUUGCUCAUAGAGCUCAUGGAUUAACUUCUUUUGAUCUGGAUGAGAUUGCUUCUCCCCCUCAAAACUGUGUCGACCUGCUCUAGCUACUUUCAGUGUUAGUUAUGGUGAUGUUUUUAAUAUGUGUUUGGUUAUGGUUAUGGUUAAUUAGUUAUGUUCAACGCAGUUUCUAGCUACUUGUGUUUGUAUUGUUCAAAUCAUACUUUCCCUUUCAACAGGUUGAAAGCUUGUAAUAGUCACUAUAUUAUAUGUAUGUUGUGUGCUUUGUAAUGAAAUGUUAUGUUUUUGUGCUGUGUGAUC